GCGUGGUCACUCUGGCCGCGAUAAAGAGUAGCGCUGAGGGAAAAAGAGCGGGAGCGCUCCCCCACUUUGACCCGCCUCUCUACUUGGUGGCCCGAGAGCGGCCAAUUGGCAUCCGAGUAGGCGAGUUGCUGUCUAAAAAGAGAAGGUGACCUCAGGAUCUCUCCGUCCGUUGGCCAGAAGCGUCAUUUCCUACGCGGUUUGAGUUCUCCGAAGCGCGGGAUUCUAGUGUUGGAGGGAAAGGUCCCCCAAGGCGAGUUAAUCGCUGAACUUGGAACGGACUCUUCCUCUUUGGUAAGUUACCCACUUUAGUUCUGGGCCAACCUGGAAUUUUGAGAGAAUUCAUUGGCAGAAAAUCCUCAGGCUGCGCUUACCAGACAGCUUGUUCUCAUUUUAGAAGAACUGAUGUCUUUUCGAGCUAAGGUUCAUUUUUGCAAAAAUAUUUUCUAAGAUCAACUUCUCUGUGUCCAAAUUCGGUGUUCGGCAAACAAAUCAUCUCAAAUGUGUUUUCGUGAGUGAUUUUCUUUUCAGGAUAAAAUACUCGGAGUAAGUAACGAAUGUUAAUUUCAUUCUCAGGUACGUUCACCAUUUUGAGAACUGAAACCAUCUAAACUCACAUAACUUGCUUGUCCUGUUUUCAUCAAUAUAAAUUUAUUAUUCCAGGCACGUUCUGCCAGGAAAUUAAAAAGUUGCAAUUUUUUUUUUUUAUUCCAGUAACUUCCUCAACGAUCCAACCACUCUUCAAUAGAAAAUAUCAAAGAACAGGUUGCAACUCAAGAUUUCUUGAACCUUUGUCUCAGGAUCCUAGCUUUGGUUAUAUCUAGCAAUCCUAAACUAUUACCCAAUCCUUAUCCAAUCCUAACUACCCCCCCCCCCAACACACACACACCACACAUUAAAGAGCGGGUUUAAACCAGACAUCAUAAGCUCAAUAUUUAGCCCAGCCUUGCUUUUCCCUCACCAGGACACCACAAAAAUGCUGUCAAGCUAUUGUCUCCAUUACCUCAUGAACAGUAAGCUUGGCUUUGUCUUAUCAGCAGGUGCCUCGAUGACAUUUCUGAGAGCAGACAUUUGACAUUCUUCAAGACCCCUGUAAGACCCAAUCAGCUUCCUCCACAGCCUUAACCAACACCCUCAACUCGGAAUCAGUGUUCUCUGCUGAGGUCCCUUGGACCUUGUCUCCAAGAGCCCUCUGCCUUCAAAGGUGGGUAAAGUAGCUGUUGCAUUAGGUUAAAAUCCGAUUUCUUUUCGUUGCGCUUCCCAAGUGCUGAAUCUAUUUUGUUCCUAAGAGUAAGGAAAUCUUUUAAGUAAUCCUUGUAAAUUAUCUACUCGGAUUAAAAAAAAAAAAACUCGUAUGGCUGGCGAAAAUCGGCCUUAUUAUUAUCAACAACGCCGUUUGUCUCUGUUCUUGUAACUUUUUGUGGUAUUUCGGUAGAAGAAAACUUCACAGGGAAGCGAACAGUCAUGGGCCCUGUUCCAUGUGUUUCCCGGGACUCGCCCGACGACUGAGACGUGCAGAAGGUUUUGUGUUAGACUGAUGGCGCGGUCUGAAAUAAACCCCAAAUCGGAUGCGUCCCUCGAGAGCGACCUGGGGCGGGAAAGCCAGUCUCACUUUUUCCCCAGUGGUCGGAAAAAGCAAGGAACUGAGAGCGAUGGCCGUGGGAGAGGGGGUAGUUUAGGAGUUGAGAGGCCUGCCAGGCGCAGAAGUGAAAGAAAGUAUCCAAAUGGCAGGCGAGACAGCCACUCACAGAAAGGUGGGCGGUCCUUUCAACCCCUUAGUCCCGCCUCCGCCCGUUCUGGUCUAAUCCGAGUUCCAGGGGGCGCACUCUCAUUGGCCGGACUGGCUGCGCCUCUGCGGGUCCGCGCGCUGGCGCGGGAUUUGAGUGCAGGUGCUGUGAGUGUGCCCGGCGCGCCGCGCUCAGCGAGCCCGCAGAGUCGGUGAGCCUGCCUGUGGGCGGGAGCCCGGGGUGAGUGAGCCCGCAGGUGGCUCCGCGGGGUGGGCGCGGGCGCGCUGGAGCUUCUGGGUCUGGAAGGGGAUGGGGCUGGAGGCCCAGCCACCAGGGCCCGAAGCGUCGUCCAGCUGGAGGGUCUGGAGGGCACAGGUUUAUAUUUCAGUGAUUCUGUCUUGCCCCACUCUGUGCUGGAAGGAGGAGCUACGUGGCGGACUAGGACGAGGCUUGGAUCGGCCGUGAUCCCUGUCUCUGGAAAGAGUGGCUGAGCCAGAGAAAGAGUGAAAGCCAGCGAGCGCGCAGGAGCGAGCCGGAGUAAAGAGACUAGACAUCAGAGGAAAGGAAGAAGGUGAAAUUCUUCUUCGGACAAAAUAAUGAAGCAGUAACUCAAUCUCCUAUCAUCCUAGGUGAACGUUUCAAAUUUCUUUUUGAAAUCCUAGUCCAAAUUUCUUAUAUCUUCAGGGUACUAAGCAAUUCCUUUCCUAUGCUUUUCCCUAUAGUUUUACCAUCUCUUGCAUCCCCACCUUACAUACAGACCAGAUUUUAACAAUAAUGUAAGUAGAAUACACUUGAAUUCUCCAACUACAGAUUUCUCUGUAGGGUUUUAAUAUCUGCAUUUGAACUCUGUUUCUGCACUUGAGUAGCUUUGUCUUCUCUGAGCUCUUCUUUUCCCCAGGCAAAACCUAGAUAUAACCUGUUUUUCUACUGUAGCUGGGGUGAGCAGUUAGAGAUAAUUUUCAUAAAGGGUUAGUGUAGUGACUGACACAUAAUGCUCUGUAAAAGAUAGCUGUAAUUGUUGGAGUGAUUAUACAUGGUGGAUAAACUAUUUGCUAGGUUAAUAUCUCUGGGAAGGGCAAGGCCAGAGCUGAAGGGGAAAGUUCAUCUCUUCCUCUGCAUAAUUAAUGACAGCUAUGAAGACACUGCUCUAACUCGGACCUCUUCUAAAUUAGUGUUUCAGCUGAACCAUCUAUUCAACCAUCAAGUCAUCAUGAGCUGUAAGAAACGCAGGUCACAGAAGAACUUGUUUGAUGUGAAAAAAAAUAAGAGAAUAGAUAACUAUUUUCCUCAGGUCCCAAAAGAAGAGCAGAAUAAUUCUAGCAUUGCUCAAAUGAAGUUGGAAUCUAGAAAAAAGCCAAGAGAUAUAACUAAUACCCAGGAUCAAAGUUCCCACUCACCCAGGAAAAAUCCAAAAGUCCAGACCACAUCUCCAAACAAGAUCAUUAACAUUACCUUGGAUGUAAACCUUAGGAAAAACAAAAACAUGAAAUACGUGCUCACACACAGCGAGAGGGGCAGCUUGCAGGCGGCACUUAACACCCUUGAUGCUGUCAGAGAAGAGAUGGAAGCUCGGCCAGGCAAGGAAAUGCUGGUGUGUGGCAGAGAAGGAAUCGAAGGGUACCUCAACCUCGGAAUGCCGCUCAGUUGUCUUCCUGAAAGCAGCCACGUGGUAAUUGAAUUUUCCAAAAGCAAAAGCAAGCAGAAAUAUGGUGGCCAAGUAUUUGGCCGGCAUGACCAGGAAUCUACGGACGUGGUCAAAUUUUACAUUCACGCCAUUGGGAAGAGCAGAAAAAGAAUCCUGAAGCGUGGGGAACUUCACAAAGAAGGGUACAAACUCUGCGUCUAUGGUUUCAAAGGAGAAACCGUCAAGGAUGCCCUGUGCAAGGACGGAAGGUUUCUUCCCUUUUUGGAGAGCGACAGUUGGAAACUCAUUAGUAACCUGGACUCCAUUGUAGAAAACACUCAGCCGAUUGAUGAGUUAGAGGGUAAGCUCUUUCAGGUUGAGGCUGAGACAGGAAUGAACCCUACGGCGACCACAGCUGCUCAAAACUCUGAGUUAGAGGAAAGAAACACCCGUGUGUUGAAAGAGUACCUUGUGGAAGAGUAUCCCAGUUUGAAAAUAGAAAGUGAAAACAUCAGGGAAAACUUGAAGGAAAAAAUGAAAAAAAGAAAGAGGAAAACUUCUCUAUUUAAAUUGCAUAGAACAAACUUUGGGAAACAGACAAAAAACUCGACUCCAGUGAAAAUAAUCAAACUUCUUUCUCGUCUCAGUGACUCUGUUGGGUACAUAUUCUGGAACAAUAAUGGAAAUGGAGGUUCUGCCACCUGCUUUGUUUUUAAAGAACCGUACAUUUUCACUUGUCGGCAUGUAAUCAACGACAUCGUGGGAGAAGGAAUAGAGCCAAGUAAGUGGGCCGACAUCAUCAGUCAAUGUGUAAGGGUGACAUUUGAUUAUGAAGAGUUCCCAGCUGAAGGAAACAAAUGCUUUUGCAUUGAACCUUGGUUUGAGAUAUCUGAUAAAACUCUUGACUACGCUGUCCUGAAACUGAAGGAAAAUGGACAAGAAGUACCUGUGGGUCUUUAUAAUGGAAUUGGUCCUGUACCAUGGAGUGGUUUGAUAUAUAUCAUUGGCCAUCCCAAUGGAGAAAAGAAGCAUACUGAUGCCUGUGUUGUGAUCCCUCAGGGUGAACGAGAAAAGAAAUGUCAGGAAAAGUUUCAGAUGAGAGAAGCUUUUAUCCAUAUGUACACUCAAAUAAGCUUCCAGGAAAUGCUUCAAAACCCUGAUGUGAUUACCUAUGACACCACCUUCUUUUUCGGGUCUUCUGGCUCCCCGGUAUUUGAUUCCAAAGGCUCCUUGGUGGCCAUGCAUAUGGCUGGCACUACUUGUCAGAUACCAAAUGAGGAUGCUCAUAUCAUUGAGUUUGGCUCUUCUAUGUCUUCUGUCCUUUCUGAUAUUAAGCAAAACCAUAAAAAAUGGUAUAAUGACAUAUUUCUUAGUCGACAGGAUGUAGAAAUGCAGAGUCUAGAGGACUGAGGACUGGUGAGAAUUCAGUCCACUUGCCAAUUUUAAGGGACUUGCCUAUGUUAUUCCAUAGGCAAUGAUAAUGAUUAUCUAACUUCCACAGUGGUCAAUUUCAUAAAACAUAAUGAUAAUUGAUAUUGUAGACCACUUCCCGUGUACCUGCCACUUUUCUGUCCCAUGGAGAAAUAAAUGCUAGCAACCCUAUGAGGUAGACAGUUACCCCUAUUUUAAAGUCAAGCAAAGUGAAGAAUUGAUAAGAUCAAGCAACAGUUUAUGACAACAAUGUCCUGUAAUCAUUGAUUUUUUUCAUUGUUCGAUUCUUUUCCCUGAAUUCACUUGCUUCAGAGCAGGAGUUUAAACUUGUUUACUAAUUAUCCCCAAUAUCUGACACAUGGAAAAGAAAUGCUUAGGAAAAUGUGUGGGUGAAUCAGGAGCAAAAUAUAGCACUGUUAAUGUUAACUGACGAGUUAAAUGCUUGGUUAGAAAUAUCACAAAAGAAAUAUCACAAUUGUUAUUGUUAAUACUGUUAAAAACAUACUUUUGUAUGGGAAACAAAAAAACCAUAAAAAAAAGAAAUAUCACAAACAAAAUCUUCUACAAUUUCUGAAAUUCUCAUAUCACUACGCUUGUCAGACUUUCUGACUUGUUCUGGACAGUCAGAAGUGACAUCCACUCUUCCCAUAUGAACAGGCUGUGAGGACAAGGUUUUGAUUUCCGUUUUUUUUUUUGUUUUUUUUUAACCUGAUGUCCUUUUUUCUGUUCCAAGAUCCCACCCAGUGUACAUAUCACAUGUAACUCUCAUGUCCUUGGGCUCCUCUUGGCUGGGACAGUUUCUCAAACUUCUUGUUUUUGAUGACCUUUACAGUUAGGUCAGGCAUUUUGGUAUCUAUUAGAAUUGUCAGAUGCUUUUCUGGUUAGACGGGCUUGUGGGUUCUGGGGAGGAAGGUUAUAGUAUAAAGUAUCAUUCUCACCCUACCAAGGGAUCAUACUGUCAACAUGACCCAUCGUUAUUGGUGCUGGUCUUUCUCACCUGAAUGAAAUGGUGUUUAUCAGGUUUCUCCACUUUCCCUACAUGGUAGUCUUUGGAAGGAAGUUACUAUGCACAGCCCAUGUUUGUGAAGUGGAGACUUAGGUUCUCCUUCCUUAUGUGGGGGACUGCUGGAGAAUCUACAUAAUUUAUUUGGGAUCAUUUUGCAUGGGAGAUUUGUCUCUUUUCCCCAUUUAUAUAUUCCAUCAUUUAUGAACAUCAGUAUGAACUCAUGGAGAACCUUAAUUCCAUCUAGAUCCAUAACCACGUGGAUCAUUUUUCCUUCCUUCCCUUGCUUAUCUGUAAAUUUCCUACUCCAACCAUGGAAAAUAUGGUUCUGAUCACGCCUUAGUCAUUUACUUAACUGUUUAAUUCUGAUAUACAACUGGCACAGUGGUGCAGAACUGUAAUCCUGGAAACUCAAGGCGCUGAGGCAGGGGAAUUGCAAAUUUCAGGGUGACCUGAGCAACUUAGCAGGACCCUCAAUAACUUAAUAAGACCCUGUCUCAAAAUAAAAAUAAAAAGGGCUGGGGAUGUGGUUCAGUGGUAAAGCACAGGAACAAAAUGUAUCUAGAUGAGAAAUAACUUCAACAACUAAUGGCUUUUUGGCAUUUAUUUAGAUUCUCUUGUCACAGCCUAUAUUCAUUCUUCCCUUUGAUCUUUUGACCUCCUAAAUGAAUUUUUAAAUUUGUACAUACUGAUUCCCUCUGUGCCAUCAAGUUCUAUAGGUUUUAGCAAGUGCAUGAUGUCAUGUAUCCACCCUUGCAAUGUCAUACAGAGUAGUUUCAUCUCCCUAAAAUUUCCCUGUGCUUCACCUACUUAUCCUUUUCCUCUUUCCUAUACCCCUGGCAGUCACUGAUUUUUUAAUUGCCUUUAUAGUUUUACUUUUUGCAGAAUGAUAUAUAAGUAUAGUCAUAUAGUAUAUAGCAUUUUCAGUUUGAUUUAUUUCAUUUAGAAGGUUUCUGUGUGUGUAUUUUAUAGCUUGAUAAAUCAUUUCUUCUUAUCACUGGAUAAUAUACCACUAAAUGGAUUUACAAUAAUUUGUUUAUUUGCUCACCUUUCAAAAUAUAUCUUAGUUACUUCUAAUUCUGGGUGAUUAUGAAUAAAGUUUCUGCAAACACUUG